GCUAACAAUGUGGAAUAUAUGGCAUUCCAUUUGUGAAAUGAUAUUCAAUAUUUCCGAUCACGACGACCUUGCCAGAUUAGCUACAAUCAUUAAGGAGGCAUUUUAUGAAGCUACAGGCGAAAGGCGGUUAGAUAAACUUGUUUUUGAAAAAAAAUGUAUACGAGUUAUCAUUCAAAUCAAAGCGGCCAACAGUCUGUCAGAAGCGCCUGCAGUCUGUCUAGCUGAACAGUUCAAGCAUUAUCUAUUGGAUGGUGGGUUAAAAUUAUCAGAAGAAUCAAAUGCCAUUUUAGAAGUAGACGAAUCAAGCAUCAACAUAACACCGGAGCAUAUGCCUGGAGAUGGACAUCCGCUUGUGAACAUUAGCCACCAAGAGUUUUCCGUUCCUAAUAGCGAGUCGGUCAUCUUGCAAACAUAUAUCAUCUCAUCAUCACCAGCUUCGUCAAUCGAGUGGUUUCAGAUAAAAGCUGAGGAUAACGAGAUUUCUUUAGAAAUAAACAGCAAGAAAUACUAUGGAGGCUCUGAGCUGUCACCUUCUCUGAUCAUCCGAAACGUCAAUGUUAAUGAUCAAGGAUGGUAUAUUUGUCGGGCUACAAAUAACAAUGGAACUGGAUGUAGCAAUAAAACGUUCGUUCGGAUAAACAAUGAACCAGCAGGAACAGAAGACAAACCUGGAAUAUUGGGAAAAGAUAUCAGUGACAUCCAAGAAUCAGCAGGAACAGAAGACAAACCUGGAAUAUUUGUAAAAGAUACCAGUGACAUCCAAGAACCAGCAGGAACAGAAGACAAACCUGGAAUAUUGGUAAAAGAUACCAGUGACAUUCAAGGUAGGAACCUAUUCAUAUACACUGUAUUAUGCAUUACUGAAUGAAUAGAUGACUACACA